CAAUCAUUAGCUAACAUGUGGAAGCUGUUCGCUUGACUGUCAAAUUCUACCAAAUGCUUGCUAAAAACAUAUUUUACGUUCAUCACUGGACAGUUAGCUAUCAACCCAUCUGAAGAUAUCUGGAUUUUGCGUGUACAAUACUUAACUUUAUUCUUCAGCCUAAUCAUUCAAAGUGGAUUGGUAGCUAAAUUAUUGGUUAACGUUAGCUAGCAUGUCCUCGAAGUCAUUUCUCCAUUGUUUACAGUACUAGCCGAGUCAGUGGGUUAGUCAGUCAAGUCAUCUGUAGAUCGCUAAUUAACGUAAGUGCAUUAUCAUGUCAGCUUGCAAGCGUUUGCUUUACAUUGUAAAACACAGAGGGAUAUGGCCAUCGAUAUGGAGGAGAAAUGUCACCACUUGGUCACCUGUAGGAGCUGCCUUCAAUGCCAAACCUCACAGAAGACUUGAGUUGUUUGAAAAAAAUGUGGGCUUGUUUGGAGUCCCAGAGCUGAGCUCCCCUGCUGGCUUUGAGGUGACCACAAAAAGGGCUCUGAAGGACACACAGGAGCUGGUGGAUAAAGUCUGCAGCAGCCCUCCUGGAGCUGUUACUGUGGAGACUUUUGACCAACUCUCAGACGGCUUGUGCAAAGUAGCAGACCUGGCUGACUUUGUGAAAGUGGCACAUCCGGACCCGUCCUUCCGUGAGGCAGCAGAGAAGACAUGUAUAGAGAUCGGCACAGUUGUAGAAAAACUCAACACCAAUGUUGACCUUUGUAGAAGUUUAAAGAAUUUGUUGGAUAACAAAGAAGUUUUAGCUCAGUUGGAUCCAGAAACAAGGAAAGUGGCUGAGCUGUUCAUGUUUGACUUUGCGAUCAGUGGAAUUCAUCUGGAUGAAAAACUGCGGAAAGAGGCUGUCAAGCUUCACGUCAAGCUCUUGGAUCUAAACAAUGAGUUUCUUAUGGGCUCUCACCUCCCAAAUAGAAUAGCAAAGUCGGCUAUACCUGAGCACAUUCAUUGCCACUUUGCAACGGAGGGCAGUUUCAUUCAGAUUGGGGGUCUACACGCUGAGUCCUCUAAUGACCUGGUUCGGGAGGUUGCCUAUAGGAUUUUCCUCUACCCAAAUGCUGAUCUGAUGGAGUGUCUGGAAGAGCUGUUGAAAUGCAGGAACAAACUGGCCAAACUGGUGGGAUAUGAGUCUUACGCACACAGAGCUUUACAGGGAACCAUGGCCAAAACCCCAGAGACAGUGAUGAACUUCCUCCAGCUACUGACAGACAAACUCUCCGAAAGAACCGCAAUAGACUUUGAGAUGAUUAAAGACAUGAAGACAAAACUCAACCCCCUUAAUGCGGAGCUUAUGCCAUGGGAUCCUCCAUACUUUAGUGGUGUUUUGCGUGCUGAAAGGUACAACAUUGAGCCCAGCCUCUACAGCCCCUACUUCUCCCUGGGGUCUUGUAUGGAGGGCCUGAACAGCAUCUUCACCAAGCUCUAUGGAGUCUCUAUCAUGUCUGAACAUCCAAGUGCAGGAGAGGUGUGGAAUGAUGAUGUCCGCAAACUGGCUGUAGUUCAUGAGACAGAGGGGUUGCUGGGAUACAUCUACUGUGACUUCUUCCACAGAGCAAAUAAACCUCACCAGGACUGCCACUUCACCAUCCGUGGUGGGCGGCAGUGCCAGGAGAGCGGACAGUACCAGCUGCCUGUAGUGGUGCUGAUGCUGAGCCUGCCCCACCCCACCAUGAGCGCCCCCACCCUGCUCACGCCGAGCAUGAUGGAGAACCUGUUCCACGAGAUGGGUCAUGCCAUGCACUCCAUGCUAGGGCGCACACGCUACCAACACAUCACAGGAACCAGAUGUGCCACUGACUUUGCUGAGGUCCCCUCUAUUCUCAUGGAGUACUUUGCCACUGAUUAUCGUGUAGUGAACCAAUUUGCCCGCCAUUAUCAAACAGGACAGCCUCUGCCUCAGAGCAUGGUGGCUCGCCUGUGUGAGUCCAAAAAGGUGUGUGGUGCGGCAGACACUCAACUACAGAUUUUCUACUCUGCUCUGGAUCAAAUGUAUCAUGGAAAACCCCAAAACCGAUCAACGACUGAUAUCUUAAAGGACAUGCAGCAUAAAUUCUACGGCCUACCGUACACUCCAAACACGGCAUGGCAGCUGAGAUUCAGCCACCUCAUUGGCUACGGGGCCAAGUACUACUCCUAUCUCAUGUCCCGCGCUGUGGCCUCCAUGGUGUGGAAACAGUGUUUUGUUCAGGAUCCUUUAAACAGGGACAUGGGAGAGCGCUACCGUAGGGAGAUGCUUGCCCAUGGGGGAGGGAAGGAGCCCAUGCUCAUGGUGGAAGGGAUGCUGCAGAGACAGCCCACCAUUGAGGACUUUGUGGACGCCCUGGUGACUGACCUGAACCCAGACUUUGAGACCUUCAUCAUGGACUCUACAAGCUGAUUAGCUUGAUCGAUCUUCGACUCUUCAAUUCAGUUUCAGCCACGACUUGUAUUGUGUUGCUGUGGAAUGGACUCACAUGAUCAGAAAAUGCCAUUCAUUAUUAAUCCGUUCAAAAGGCAGAUAACUGUAGCUGUAUGCAGUCACUGUAAACGUAUGUUUUGUUAUGCUAUUUUUGUAUACGUGCUAUUUAGUGAUUUUGCUCAACCAUAGGUUCUGUGUGGUUCAUGAAAGUCUGUGCAGAUCUGUGCAUAUACCACAUGUAUUAUACCAUACUGUCUUACACAUAUUUUUGUCAUUGAUGCAUAUAAAUUAUGGAAAGCACAAAAAGUGUAUGAUUUAAUUCAGAAUAUUGCAAUAAUGAGCAAUGUAAUCUUCAGCACUGAGAAUGUAUGUUUGGAACAUCUGUUCCAAUAUCCAUGUAAAUAGAUAAGUUGGGGCGGCAGGGUAGCCUAGUGGUUAGAGCGUUGGACUAGCAACCAAAAGGUUGAGAGUUCAAACCCCCGAGCUGACAAGGUACAAGUCUGUCGUUCUGCCCUUGAACAGGCAGUUAACCCACUGUUCCUAGGCCGUCAUUGAAAAUAAGAAUUUGUUCUUAACUGACUUGCCUGGUUAAAUAAAGGUAAAAGUUGAAGUAUGUAGACAUUAUUUGUAUAAUCUGCCCAAGAGAAAAUACUAAAAUCUGUGAGCGUUGAAUAUAAUUUUCUGCAAAAGUAUGAGCAGUUCAUUGUUAUUUCCUGUUCAGAUCAGACAGGACAAACACCUGCUAUUCCUGACAUAGUGUUUUGACUUAAAUGCAAAUCUGCUCCCUCUGAUUUGUCUGUGUUUCUGUUAGGGAGGGGAGGAAGGUGGGAUGGGAGGUUAUGGGCUGAGAAGGAAGGAUAUGGUCUCUUAGGUGUUGUGAAUUGGAGAUUUAAUUGCUGAUUAAUUCACACAGAGCGUGAUCCAGACUGUGACGACUAGCUAAAUCAAGUACUACCGGCUGUUGCAUCUGUUUCAACAGAUUCUGUCUCUAAUUACCAGGGGCUGAGGCUACAGCUGCUCCCCAUACAAUGUCCUUACUUGCUUAGCACUGAUAUCUGACCUGGGGCAUCGCCCAUCAAGGUGGGAUUUACUUCAGAUGGUUAAUCAAGGUGUGAACAUGCUAUCAAAGGGAGUGAGCUAGGUAGCUGUAAACACAUGUAGGCCUACUGUACAUCACACAGAGCCAUGAAUAAAUUCCUAAAUAUGAAAUCACUAA